AUGUGCGAACCUGUGGUAUGUCCCACCAGCCAGCUUAGUGAAUUAUCAAUUGGCAUGUCGGAACCGAAUGUCUCUGAGCAUCAGAAAUUAACGCCCGGAAUGAUUAUGAUCACAGGACAUCAAGUGGAUAGAGAGCCGGAACCAUUUACUGCAAAUCUUAUGAUCUCACCAACGGCUGACAGAAAUCAUCCAUUAUUUAAGCAGUUCCUCGCCACUGUGAAGGAGUUAGAAAAGCAAAUGCUGUUUGAGUACCACACGUAA